UGUUGCCCCAGGCUCCAUGGACAUUCAAAGUGGUGGCGGCCCUACUCCAACUAUCAACAGCACCCAGGAUGACAAGACUAAAACAACCCUCCCUAGUACCAGUGUUCCCCCUAGUAGCAGUGGACAGCCAGUGUCCUCUGGAGGCAACAGCAGUGACAGUGUUAUCAAAGCCCCACCAUCCACUACGGGGAGUAACCAGCUAUCCAGUAACGCUUCAUCCCAGCCUCCUGGCCUGCUUAUCUCCACAACGCUUCCUCCGACUACCACAGCAAGCCCUCGCCAGUCUAUGGCUACUCCUUCACAUAGCACACAGAGCCAUCCUGGCGGACAGCACAGUCCUACCACUGUUCCCAGCAGCUCUGCCUCCCUGGCCAGCACUAAUAUCUCUGUCCUAUCAAGGAGGCCUACCACACAGAUACCACCGGGCACCAUUGAAGGGACUCGGGCCACUACCAGCCAGGUGACAGGAGUCCCUACACGGACUUUCAACACAACACUACAACCUGCAAAGUCUCCCGUAGGAACUCAGGUCAUGGCUACCACUGAGGAGCUCACACACUCCAGCUCUGAUUUGACUUCAGUGGUUCCGCACGGCCCCAGCACAUCCUCUCCUGCCUGGACAUUUGGGCAUUACAAGCUAAAAUGUGAUCCUGCUGUAAUGUCGGAUGAGGAACAACUCAUUUUGAACCUCACGAGAGCCAGCCUUUGUGAACGAAGUCCUCUGGAUGAAAAGCUUGUGGAGCUGCUGUGCCAUUCAGUCAAAGCGUCCUUCAAGCCAGCUCAAGACCAGUGCACUCUAGAGGUGGCACCUAUUCUAGAGAGCCAGGCAGUGGCAGUGAAAAGAGUCAUUAUUGAGACGAAGCUUCCUCCUAAGACCGUGUUUGAGCUGCUGAAGGACAAAUGGGAUGACCUGAGAGAGGCGGGAGUCAGUGACAUGAAGCUGGGGAAGGAAGGACCACCAGAAGCCAAUGAGGACCGCUUCAGCCUGCCGCUCAUCAUCACCAUUGUCUGCAUGGCAUCCUUCCUGCUCCUCGUUGCUGCCCUCUAUGGCUGCUGUCACCAGCGUGUCUCCCAGAGGAAGGACCAGCAACGACUCACAGAGGAGCUGCAGACAGUGGAGAAUGGUUACCAUGACAACCCAACCUUGGAAGUGAUGGAGACUCCUUCUGAGAUGCAGGAAAAGAAGGUGGUCAGCCUAAACGGGGAGCUGGGGGACAGUUGGAUCGUCCCUCUGGACAACCUGACCAAGGAUGACCUAGAUGAGGAGGAAGACACACACCUCUGAUCAUCAGUCGGCUAGCUGCCCUGACAGCACGGCGGAGCUCCAGACCACCCAAAGUGCCAUUUGGACAGAGGGGAAAACUUCCCACUGGAGGACAGAAAGACUGGGGAGGGAGAGUGGACUCCCAGGGCUGCCUCCUCCCAAUCCCCUCAGGGCCUUAAUCUUCCCUUUUCAAGUUCAAUGAAGUCACGUUCUGUCCAGUUUCCUCGUGUACAAUACCCACUUGUGCCUGAGCCACCAGAAGGCAAGAGGAAGAUGGAGAAAGCCAUGUAAGGGGGCUUUGGAGCUCCUCUAGUCGUGGACCCUCUCAUCUCAUAAGUACAUGACCGAGGCCUUAAGAGGUCAGGUGACUUGCACAGGGUCACACAGCUAUUUGGUGACAAAGAUUGUUUCCUCCCAGUGUGGUGCUUAACUGCACCAUGUCACACUACUGUGUUCAUUUGUACCCACUCCCCAAGGCACAAGACACUUGCAGGUGGGUGGGCUGCAAAGAAAAACAAGCCCCUAUAGCCCCAAAACAGGUGCCCCCCACAUUCCAUCUCCUAUAAUACAGCCUCUGCUAAAACUUGUAUCCCACCUCCCAUGGGUCAGUCUCUAGUCCCAGUUUCCCAGGGCAUGACUUUGAACCCUUUGUUCUAGAUUUUUAUUUCCUUGCCUUUCUUUGCUUAGUGGGAUUGGGACUUGACUCACACAGGCCUCACCGUCCAAUGGAGGCUGCCUCAGGUGGGUGGGCAGGCAGAGAGGGAGGAAGCGCGUGCCCAGCUGGCUUCCUCAUGGCAGUGGAUUCUGUACUAGCACUGGCCUGUCACCCAAGCACGCCUAGAAUAUACUCCGCAAACUGUCCUCUGCCCUUCUGCUUCCACAAGGAACAAGUCUGCAGUAGCUACUGAAAGCAAGAUGUUCCCUUUUGGUUGUUGACUGCUCCACGGAGGGGGUGACUCCUCAAAACCCAGUGUCACAGAGCAAUUGUCUAGGGACAGACAUGUCCUGGGGUCCU